GCACAAUCUAACACAUUCUAUCAUUCUCAACAAUGAUGAAAGUUGCUAAUUUGAUAGCAGUUUUUAUUCCCUUGGCUCUGGCUUCCUCAUUUGUCACUGCCUAUGACCCCAGCCCCCUCCAAGACUUCUGCGUAGCAAUAGAUGAUGCUACUUCUGCUGUUCUUGUUAAUGGAAAAUUGUGUAAGAAUCCAAGCCUCGCCACUCCUGAUGAUUUCUCGUACUCGGGGCUUGAUGUUCCUGGAAACAUAUCAAAUCAACUUGGAGCACGUGUUAAUAUCAUUACAGCCGAUCUGAUGCCUGGGCUUAACACUCUUGGCGUAUCUUUAGCACGGAUAGACUUGGCGCCAAACGGUGGCCUAAACCCUCCACAUUAUCACCCCAGAGGAUCGGAGGUUCUGCUGGUUUUGGAAGGCACUCUUUAUGCUGGCUUUGUCACCUCAAAUCCUGAUCAUCGUCUCUUUACCAAAAUCCUAAAACCAGGAGAUCUCUUUGUCUUCCCAUUCGGCCUCAUUCACUUUCAAUUGAAUAUUGGAAAGACUCCUGCCGUUGCUAUUGCUGCACUAACAAGCCAAAAUCCAGGAGUAAUCACAGUAGCAAAUGCAAUCUUUGGAGCCAGUUGGCCUCUUUAUCCUGAAGUUCUCACCACAGGAUUCCAUUUGGAUAAAAAACUUGUGGAGGAUCUCCAGAGUCAAGAAUGGGUGAACCCUACAUAAGUACUUUCUAAAUUUCCCAUAUUCGCAUAGUUGAUAUGCGAUAAUAAAGAAGUGCUUUAUUUCUUCCCCCUUUUAGAGUAAUGCCGUUACCGUAAUUGUUGGGUGACAAGGAAGUGGUUGUGUCCCUUGUCUAUGUGUUUUUUUGAUACGUUCUCCACCUGUUUUGUUGCUGAAGGGUUUAUGCUCUUCAGUUGAGGUUUCCCUUUUGGAUUAUCCACGUCCGCUCUGUAUUUUGAAUAACUUAAGAUGGCAAGCUGCCAACUUCUUUUCAUCAUGUACCAAGUUUAUGUCCUGUUUGAUUGUAUCAAAAGUUUUUUAAUCUA